AUGCAACAAAAUGCGCAACUCAAUGCAGGUAUGGCCGCUGUACGGCAGCAGGUGCUGAACUGGCUGUAUAGUGUGCUCACUAGUGAAUAUAAAGAUGUGAACCGCACAUACAAUGAUGUAGCGCAGACGUUGUCGCAUUACUCCUCGUUAUCCCCUCGAACCGACGUUUAUAGUACGAAGCUCUCUGUCAAACCCGACUGGAUAUGCGCUAAUGCUUCCUCUACAGCUUACGAGACUGGAAGUUCUGCUCUUCUCUUGCAUCUUUCGGGUACAAUUCCAGUCGACUUUCGAGGGACAACCUAUCGAUUUCCAAUCGCAUUAUGGGUUCCGCAUGGCUACCCACACGAACCGCCGCUGGUUUAUGUGUCUCCAACGGAGGGAAUGAUGGUUAGGCCAGGCCAACACGUCGAUCCACAGGGCAAGAUAUACCACCCAUACUUGGUUGGGUGGGCAGAGUAUUGGGAUAAAUCCAACAUCCUCGAUUUUCUAGCGAUACUGCGGGAUAUCUUUGCCAAAGAGCCGCCAGUUGUAGCCCGGCCACAGCAACCAUCACGGCCUGCAGAAGCUGUAGCUAGCCCUCCACCACUUCCCCCACUACCCCCCGGAAUUGGCCGUCCUCAGUCUAUAGUCUCGAGUUCAAGCGAUUCAUCACGGCCUCCUCCUCCUCCACCAAAACCGCAGCUACAGAACUCGCCCGAAUCCUUCAGACGAGAUAGCGGACCGCCUCUGCCACCGUUACCACCUCAGACAGGACAGGAUAGUAUCAGAUUCUCAUCACCGGCCCAUCAAUCGCACAAUUUCCAUGGCCACGCUCCUCAGAGGAGUAGCAGUCUCAGAUAUGAGAGUGCCCCGCCACUACCGCAGCAUCCAUCACGUCAAUCUGGAGGACGAGAAGCAAGUCCUGUUAGUCCAAUAACGCCACCGCAGGAUGCAAACAGGAGAGGCCCAUAUAACCCAAUCUACGAAGGACAAAUACCAUAUAAUUCGCACCCACGCGGCAGUGUAGCUCACCCACCACCUCCUGGAAACAACACUCAAUAUAUGCACCCACAGCAAGGACCACCGCCUCAGCAAUGGCAGAAUUACGGUCCUCCACAAGGUCCUCAGCAAGCUUUACAAAAGCCGCCGCCCAUUCCAGAUCUUCUAGAUGCUCCAUUGACACUUCCUGUUCCCACAGAGGCUUCGACUAACUUGCCUGCACCGCCUGUCCCUCCUAAUCCGGAAAAGGACAUGCUCCUUCACAAUAUUGGACGAGCGUUGCAGUCCCAGCGCCUUCAUACCCGCACGCAAACCACAUCCUCUCUGCCCGGUUUGGAGUCUCAACAUAAAGCCAUGCUUCAAGCUCUUUCUAAUAUGCAAGCGGAGAUGGCCGCGCUUGAAAAUCUCGAUACCCUAUUGAAAACGAAUACUUCAAUUUUGCACACGGCACUUCAUGAUGCGGACGCUGUGAUCCAGUCAUCUCAGCACCGGACCGCACCGAACGUGGAUGAAUUAUUAGUUGCACCUACUGUUGUUGGAAACCAGUUAUACGAAUUGGUGAGUGAGGAGCGGAGCUUAGGGGAUGCGCUGUUUGUCCUGAGUAGAGCUGUGGAACGUGGAAGAAUAAGUCCAGCAGUGUUUGCGAAGAUGACGAGAAGUUUAAGCAGGGAGUGGUAUCUAAAGAAGGCUUUGGCUAAGAAGAUUGGGGUUGGAAUGGGAUUGAGUACUUAUUGA